AUGGCAAGUAGCAAACCAGAUUUCAAAGUUCGGGCUAUUACCUAUCGAGAAAUUGAAGUAAAAAGUAAGGAAGUUAUCAGUCGAGUUUCAGAAAGGCAAAAUUUUCCACAUUCAUCACUAACAACAACGGCAACAACUCCUCCACCUACAUCUUCUAUUCCUAAUAAUCCUACACCUUCACCUCACUCGUCGACUCGUCCACAGUCUCAAAAUACAACAUUAAAUUCAUUUAGGAGGCACUCAACAUCACAACCGCCUGUAACAAUCUCUCCAACUUCUAAUGAAAAUACUAAUAAUGCUCAACAAGGUUAUAGUUCAAAUUUUGCUCCUGCUAAUUCAAUUUUACAUGCUUUAAUAAAUUCCUCGACAACAUUUUCAAUGAGAUGGGGAAAUCGCGCUAAUAGCGGUGGCAGCGGUUUAAAUAAUGUUGUUACUGGUAAUAUUAGCAGUAAUGGUGGUGGUGGGGGCGAAACAUCAAGAUCAAGACCUGAAAUAUUAAUUAGGCCAACAACGGUUUCUUCCAAUCAGCCUAUAACAGUUUUUGGAAGUGACGAUGAUGAUAGAGAUAGUAAUAAUAUUGAUAAUCCAGAUGAACAUUCUGCUUUAGCUAGAAUCUUUGUUGGUGUGAAUAGAGCUCGACUUCCAACUCGUGAAAAUAUUCGUACUCCAUUAGUAAAUAGAUUACCAGAGAUUUUAGCACAUCAUGAUAGACUUCAUUACCAUCACCAUAAUCAUCACAAUGAUAGUGAACAACGUAGCAGCAGUAGCAGUAAUAGUAAUGAAACACCUCGUCGUGGCCAUCAUCAUGGUUCACGUGGUAGUCAAUCAAGAAAUGCAAGACAAUUUGGAAAUUAUUUAAACCAUCAUCAUCCAAUAUUAGGUAAUUUUAUUGAUAAUAAUGAAAUUGAAUGGGGGCAUAUUUUAGAUUUAAGUGGUAUUGCAUCAAAUCCAGACAAUUAUUUGGAUGACGACGAAUUUGAUUCUAGUUAUGAUGCUUUAGUGAGAUUAAGUGAAAGAAUUGGCGAUGCAAAACCUAAAGGUGUCCCUGAGCAUGUUAUUAAUAAUAUACCAGUUAAAUUUUAUACAAUUGUGAAGAACAGAACUCAGGAAGAGAGAUGUACUAUAUGUUUAACAGAGUAUGAAGUAAAUGAAAGACUUAGGAGUUUACCAUGUUCACAUGAUUUUCACCAAUCUUGUAUUGAUACUUGGCUCAAAAAUUCUGAUAAAUGUCCAAUUUGUAGACGUGGUCUGUCAGAAAGUAAUCAUCAUAAUAAUUAA